AAAACGGACAGCAUGCAACUUGCAUUGCCAAUUGCUGCUGUCCGCGGUUGGCGUGUUGCCCCGCGUCUACAUAAGCUGCCUGCUAAUUUACUUUCUCCUACCACUGUGGGCAAUGGCUCGCCACCUCCUGGCCGUGGCCGCCGCCGUCGCCGUCGCGCUGCUCGCGACGCGCGCUGCGGGUUACCCGUGGCCAUUUUGCGGCAAAAGCAGCAGCUUCAAGCCCAACAGCACGUACCAGGCCAAUCUCAACCUCGUCGCCGCAACCCUGCCCAAGAACGCCUCCACCUCCCCGAACCUCUUCGCCACCGCCGUCAUCGGCGCCGUCCCGGAGCAGAUCUGGGCCAUGGGGCUCUGCCGCGGCGACGUCAACGCCAGCAGCUGCUUUAGCUGCCUCACCCAGGCCUUCCACGACUUGCCCAACGACUGCUCCUACUACAAGGACGCCACCAUCUACUACGACCCCUGCAUGCUCCACUACUCCGACGUGCAUACCCUCCCCGGCGACGACACCGGCCCGACGAUGAACACGUACGCCGUCAACAACAACGCGAAUGUCACUUCGGACCCAGCCCGGUUCAAGAGCCUCCUGGCCACCCUCAUCAACGCCACCGUCGAAUACGCCGCAAACAACUCCACGCGGCGGUUCGCGACCGGGGAAGCCGACUUCAACCAGGAGUUCCCCAAGGUGUACAGCCUGGCGCAGUGCACGCCGGACCAGACGCCGGCGCAGUGCCGGAAGUGCCUCGCUCAGAUCGUAGCGGCUGACCUGGUGGGGUUCCAGAGCAAUAUCGGAGGCAGGGUGCUUGGGGUCAACUGCACCUACAGGUACGAGACCGCGCCCUUCUUCAAUGGACCGGCGAUGGUGCGGCUGGCAUCACCGAUCUCUGGAGCGCCGGCGCCAGUUCCCGCAAUUGAGACUCCGGCGGCGGCCGGAGGAGGGGGCAGAAAGUAUAGUGUGCCCGCCGUGGUUCUUGCAGUUGUGCUGCCAACUCUAGCAGCCUUGAACCUUAUCGCUUGCCUCUGUUUCUGGAGGCGGCGGCGGCCAAUAGCACAGGCGAAGCAGCCAUAUCCCAUGGAUUCCACCGAAGCAGAGGACAUCGAAAUGGUGGACUCCAUGAUGAUCGACGUCUCUACCCUGCGAGCUGCAACCGGGGAUUUCGACGAGAGCAACAAUCUCGGCGAAGGCGGGUUCGGCGCGGUGUACAAGGGUGUCCUCCCGGACGGCGACGAGAUAGCGGUGAAGCGGCUGUCGAAGAGCUCGACGCAGGGAGUGGAGGAGCUGAAGAACGAGGUCGCCUUGGUGACCAAGCUGAAGCACAAGAACCUCGUCAGGCUCGUCGGCAUCUGCCUGGAGCAGCAGGAGCGGCUGCUCGUCUACGAGUUCGUCCCCAACCGGAGCCUCGACCUGAUCCUCUUCGACACCGAGAAUGAGAAAGGUGAGAAAUUGGAUUGGGGGCAGAGGUACAAGAUCAUAAACGGCAUCGCUCGGGGCCUGCAGUACCUCCACGAAGACUCGCAGCUCAAAGUGGUCCACCGUGAUCUCAAGGCCAGCAACAUCUUGCUAGACGCGAACAUGAACCCCAAGAUCUCGGGCUUUGGCCUCGCGAGGAUCUUCGCGCGGGAGCAGACGCAGGCCGUCACGAACCGCGUAGUCGGCACCUAUGGGUACAUGGCGCCGGAGUACGUGAUGCGCGGGAACUACUCCGUGAAAUCGGACGCGUUCAGCUUCGGCGUCAUGGUGCUGGAGAUCGUCACGGGGAGGAAGAACAACGACUGCUACAACUCCAAAAAAACUGAAGAUCUCUUGACCACCAUAUGGGAGCACUGGGAAGCCGGGACGGUGGCGGAGUUGGUAGACCCGAGCAUGGGCGGCAGUUUUCCGGAGGGCGACGUGCUGCGGUGCAUCCACAUCGGGCUGCUGUGCGUCCAGGGAGACCCAGCGGCCCGGCCGGUGAUGUCGUCGGUCGUGAUGAUGCUCGGUACCGACACGGUCACUCUCCAGGCCCCGUCAAAGCCAUCGUUCUUCACCAUGAACAGCAGCGCCAACACGACCGUGUCGACAGCGUCGGUGCAGGGUUAGCUAUGGGAGUCCAGGAAAUUUUCAGUUGAUAGCACAUAGAGAAAGGGGUAUCUGAGUGUGUGAGGUGUGUCUGGAUGGAUCAGUCACAUGAGGUGAUGCGCAAGAAGCAUUUACCGUGGUUUUGUCUGAUUAGUUGACAGUUAUAAGUGUAACUAGUAAACAAACGUCCAAUUUCUAUUCAAAGUGGAUACAAUUCAAAAUCCGAGAGCUGUUAACUUA